GAUGUUUGUAAACAGAAACUCAGCCGGUCAGCUGAGUUGCUUUCCCUCUCCCUUCCUAAAUACGCCCUGCAGCCUUAUUUAAGGUUCGAUCAGCUGCGCCAGUCCGAUCAGAAAAGGUGUGACUCGGUUUGAAGAUGCAGUUCUCCUCUGUAGUCGCGUCUCCGAAGCUGCUGCUGCAGUUCUGCAUCAGCACCCUGCAGUCUAUUUUGGCGGGCGUCUUUUCUAAAGUUAGUUGCUGGGCAGAAGGAGCCUGCAGGGGAAUAAGCUCAUCUGUUUCACCCCCUGACAGCAAACCGGACCAAGAUGCGAUGACCCCGACUAGUGUCAACUAUCAUUUUACGCGCAAGUGUAACUACAAAUGUGGAUUUUGUUUCCACACUGCGAAAACAUCCUUCGUUCUGCCUCUGGAGGAAGCAAAGACCGGCCUCAGACUUUUGAAGGAAUCAGGCAUGGAAAAAAUCAACUUCUCUGGUGGAGAGCCUUUCUUGCACGAUAGAGGAGAAUUUCUGGGGAAAUUAGUCCAGUUUUGUAAGCAGGACCUCCAGCUCCCAAGUGUCAGCAUCGUCAGCAACGGAAGCAUGAUCAAAGAAAAAUGGUUCCAGAAAUAUGGCGAUUAUCUGGACAUCUUGGCCAUCUCUUGUGACAGUUUUGAUGAAGCGACCAACCAGCUGAUUGGCAGAACUCAGGGCAGGAAGAGCCACCUUGAUGGCCUUUACAAGAUUCGCAGCUGGUGUCAGCAGUACAAAGUGGCAUUCAAAAUCAACUCGGUCAUUAACACCUUCAACGUGGACGAAGACAUGACGGAGAACAUCACCCGGCUUGACCCCGUUCGCUGGAAGGUUUUCCAGUGUCUGUUGAUUGAUGGGGAAAAUGCAGGAGAAAAAGCCCUGAGAGAGGCGGAGAGGUUCGUCAUCAGCGACCAACAGUUUCAGGAGUUUCUAGAUAGACACAGCAGCGUCUCCUGCCUUGUUCCUGAGUCCAAUGAGAAGAUGAGGAGUUCUUACCUGAUCCUGGAUGAAUAUAUGCGUUUCUUGGACUGUCGAGAGGGCCGGAAGGACCCGUCCAAGUCCAUCCUUGAUGUUGGUGUGAAGGAGGCCAUUCGCUUUAGCGGCUUUGAUGAGAAGAUGUUUCUAAAGAGAGGAGGGAAAUAUGUGUGGAGCAAAGCAGACAUGAAGCUGGAAUGGUGAAAAUCUGCAAAUCAGUUACAGUGUGAAUGUUUUUUUUUUUUAUCUUUGUUUGCAUAUGUUACUUUUAUUUAACCAUAACAACAGAAAAGUGUUAAAAAAAUGUUAAAAAUAUUUGCACUCCCUCGUUUAGACAGACAGGCAGACAGACAGCUAUUUUUGUUGACAUGCAGGCAUUUAUGUGAGCAUAUACUUAAUAAUAAAAAUAUUUUUCAUAAAAAAUA